AGCUUAUUGGCACAUUUUAUCUCGUUCUAUACAGGAAAAUAUUUGCUGAUAAGCCAAUGUAACCAGACGAAAAUUUUCACGUGAGUAAGAAAGAAAUAAAAGUUGGUUAAAACAUUUUACAAGUGUUAUUUUAUUAAACUGCCUUAUCAAACUAGAUGUUAACGUCGGCGUUCAUUGAAAAGUUGGCAUAGUGGAGAAAAUUUGUAUCAAGAUCGAAGACUUAUCAUUUGCGCGAGAAAAUCGCAAUAGUACAUCUACUGUUGGUAUAACUCGGCGAUUCGUGGAGUAUAUUUAAUGGUUCUGGGGUGCCAUGUUUCGUACUGAUACAAUCUCAGUUGAUGAUUACUCCACGUGCUCCUUAUUGUUGAUUCUCGUCUGCAACUAAUAUAAAACAUUGUCGUCUGCUGCUAAUUGUACCUCUCGUGCAUAGAAUGAUAGUAAUUCUCUGGUAUUCUAUCCUUUCGUUACCCAGUGAAAUCAAGCAGAAAAAAUAAGCUGGAAAACCUGCAGUUAGUUUAUUCGUAUAAUUAUAAUAAGUGGAUUUACAUGUGUUAAGAUGAAAUAAAGGGAUUUAUAUAACUGAUUUUUUUUUACGGAUUUAGUAUUAAUUCAUUAAUAUAAUAGAUAUUCUAAUGAACUGAUAUAUAACUAUGAAUAGAAGCCGGCGGAUGUCGGUUGACUUAUCUGCUGUCAACGGAAGCCAGAGCCGACGAUCAUCAAUAGAUUAUAGUGCAGGAAUUGAUCAGUUUUCAAGACGCCCCUCUGUUGAUUUCACGAACCUUGGACUACCCCUAAAUCUACCAAAAAGUCCCUCUACAGAUUUUAACGAGUUACGGAGCCCAACAGGACCGCCAAGCAGACGACCCUCAGUUGACUUUAGCGCGGGAGCCGGAAAUACGCCUUCCGGUUCAUUUUCACGAGAAUACGGGGGAUCCGGAAGUGGCGGACUUUCUUCAAGCAGACGAUAUGCUUCACGUAAGUUACAGACAACUAGAGAUUACGUGAUGUUAUAA